CUAAGUAGGUAAGUUUUACUCUGAUUCUGGAACAACUUUUCUAAAAGCAACAAUGUCCCAUUCAGUGGGAGGAGAGCCCACUGUGGGCUCCGACCCGGAAACCAGAUUAGCUCCGGUAAACCCCAGAGCAGUCUGUAAUCUGUGCAAACGGCUGUACCGUGAUCCUAAAAUCCUGCCCUGCCUGCACACCUUCUGCUCCGACUGUAUCGAGCAGCUGGGGCCGUUCUCGGCGCCUCGGGGCUUCAGAAAUGGCCAGGAGGACGGCGGCGCUAGGACCGGGGGGGAGCGAGUGUCGGUCACCGUUCUCUGCCCUCAGUGUGAUACCGAGGUGGAUAUCCCUGAGGCAGGACCGGCUGGGCUCAGCACGGACCACCUGGCCCUGGAUGAAGUCUUCCUGGAGACCCUGGUGAGCGACGGCCCGCUGGCCUGCGACCUGUGCGGGGAAGGCAGCGCGGAGAGCCGCUGUGAGGUCUGCUGCGUGAAGCUGUGCGGGUUCUGCUGCCAGGCGCACAGGCGGCAGAAGCGGACAGCGUCUCAUUCUCUUCAGGCCGUGGAGGAGCUAAAGGCUCGAGGUCGUCUCUGCCGCCCCGUCCUCUGCUCCCUUCACCCUGGACAAGAGCUGAGGCUCUUCUGCCAAACCUGCGACCUGUCCGUAUGUCUGGAGUGCGCGGCCACGCUGCAUCGGGACCAUCGCUGCUGUCCAACAGGUGACAUCAUUGACCACCAUGGUGACCGGAUCCGGGAGCUGGUCAGCGUGCAGCUUCGACCUCGCCUGCAGAGACUGGAGGAGUCGCUGCAAAAGGUCGAUAUUUCCCAAGAAAAUCUGCAGGUUCGAAUAGAUGCAACGGCCAAUGAAAUUCGAGCUUUUGCACGAGGCUACGCCAGUGCCGUGGAGGCUCACUGCUUGUCCCUGCUGCGCCGCCUAGAGGAGCUCAGGGUGCAGCGCAGAAACCACCUCCACCUGCAGAGGGCGCAGCUGCAGCAGGCUCUCCUGGACGUCAGAGGGAGUGUGGAGUUUGCAGAGCGGCUCCUGAGCUGUGGAUCUGACGCUGAGAUCCUCAGCACCAAAGGCGUGACUCUAAAAAGAUUGACCACUCUGGCUGAGAGUGGAUUCGACCCCCACCUGGCAGCGGUGGCCCCUGACGACGGCAGCAGUAUUUGCUUCCUGCCCAGGGAGCCGGCGGGAGAGGUGGAAGGCUACCCAGUGGUGGGUGUGAUCAACUCGAGGACGGUGGACGUCAGCAGGUGCACCAUCGAAGGGGAAGGUCUGCAGCAGGGAACGGAGGGCCAGAGGGGACAAUUCACUCUGGUGUGUCGAGACUCCGGUGGAGAGCAGCUGAGCCGAGGAGGAGAACUGGUCCUGGUCAGCAUCGUCCACAAAGAGAAGAAAAACUGCACAAUAGAGACGACGGUGGCAGACAACAGUAAUGGAAAGUACAGCGUCUCCUACAAACCCGAGGAACCAGGGCAGUACUCCGUGUGGGUUUGUGUCAGAGGCCAACAUGUUAAGGGUUCUCCAUUUAAUCUGAAUGUGAAGAGGAAGUUCAGGCACCACGGCGGGACCUUUCACUGCUGCACCUUUUGCUCCAGUGGCGGAGCAAAAGAGGCUCGCUGUGGCUGCCCAGGAACCAUGCCAGGAGGAUUUAAAGGCUGCGGUCACGGCCAUAAGGGGCAUCCAGGGAAGCCUCAUUGGUCUUGCUGUGGCAGCACAGUGGAGAAGUCUGAGUGUUUGCCUCAGAGCAUACUGGCUGCUGUUUCCCCUCGGGGACACCUUCGAACUGCAGAGCUCUGAUAAGAUGAUGAAGAGGACAGCAGGAGGGUCAGAGAAGCUGGGAAGUUAAGACUCAGGUUGAUGGUGUAAAGCUAAAAAAGGUUCAAUAUGGAGGCAAUGAGACUAUGGAGAGACAAUCGGUCUGCUGGCUUCUGUAGCUACAGCUCAGCCAGGAGGAGAAACCUAAAGGAGUUUCUCCUCUGGGUUAAAGCUCCGGAGUCACAAUGAGGAAAUUAAUAGUAUUGUGUUUAAAGAUCUAAUGU